CACCUGGGUCUGGCUGCCCACCUCCCAGAAUCAUGCCUCUGGCAGCGAUCUGUCCCUGGCUUGAAUUCUCGCUCUAUGGAGGACCCCUCACAACUGGCUCUCUGACAGGCGGUGCGUCACUGCUGGGCCAAAGCAGGGGAGCGUGGGCGGACUUCCAGGCUGUGCACACUCAGUCUGGUGACUUCUCUGGUCUGCGGCCCCCCCAGCCAAGCACGUGAGGUGUUUCCACCGCUCGCUGCAGGUAUUAACUCUCUUCCCCACCCCCCUGCAUCUGCCUCCCAGCGCCACGCCCCUGCGAACCUUGGGAAGUCUUGGUGAACUUGGCCAGUGUCUGAAAGCUGAGAGCUUCGGAAACCGGGAGCUACACCCAUUUUGCGCCCCUGCACAUGGCUGACGAGGACCGUGGACCAGCCUCCUGCUUCCACCCCGGAUGUCCAACCUCCCCACUUCAUCUCUUUCAGACCCAGAUUGUCCUCAAUGCCAAGACUCAACUUGACCGCCGUGACAGAGUUCACCUUUGAAGGUUUUUCCAUUUUUGGGUGGCAGCACAGACUCAUUCUCUUUGCGGUCUUUCUGGUCUUGUACCUGUUGACCCUCACCAGCAAUGCCAUCAUCUUGACCGUUAUCCACCUCAACCGUCAACUUCACACACCCAUGUACUUCUUCCUGAGCGUACUGUCCAUCUCUGAGACCUGUUACACGGUGGCCAUCAUCCCCCGCAUGCUGUCCAGUCUCCUCAGUCCCCAACGAGCCAUCUCCAUCCCACACUGUGCCACUCAGCUCUUCUUCUAUCUCGCCUUCGGCAUCAACAACUGCUUCCUGCUCGCGGCCAUGGGGUAUGACCACUACGCGGCCAUCUGCAACCCCCUGCGGUAUUCCGUCGUCAUGGGCAAAAGGACUUGUCUACAAUUGGCGAGUGGCUCCUGGAGCAUUGGCCUGAGCACGGCCAUCAUUCAGGUGUCGUCUGUGUUCAGCCUGCCCUUCUGUGAUGCCAACGUCAUCUCCCACUUCUUCUGUGACGUCCGGCCCCUGAUGAAGCUGGCCUGUGCUGACACCACCAUCAAAGAACUUGUCACCUUGCUCAUCAGUCUGUGUGUCCUUGUUCUGCCCAUGGUGCUGAUCUUCAUCUCCUACGUCCUGAUUGUCUCCACCAUCCUCAAGAUCCCCUCCGCCCAGGGCCGGAAGAAGGCCUUUGCCACCUGCGCCUCCCACCUCACGGUGGUCGUCGUCCACUACGGCUGCGCCUCCGUCAUCUACCUAAAACCCAAGUCUCACAACUCCCUGAAGGACAGACUCAUCUCCGUGACCUACACGGUCAUCACACCCCUCCUCAACCCUGUUGUGUACAGCCUGAGGAACAAAGACGUCAAGGAUGCCUUGCUCAGAGCUUUGGGCAAAAAUCCUCUCUCUUAG